AUGGCAAGGCUGAACUGGUACCUCUACCAGAUCGGCGCAACCGCCGCGGCGCUAUGCGCUUGCGGGCAAUCUGCAGAAACGCAAACCCAGCAUACGUCACUCGAUGAAUACAUCGCUGCCUGCCAUUCCCUCGUUUUCGCCAACUUUACAGUCGAGACGGACCGCAGACUGACUUCCAGGGGCUCCAUCACAAAUCCGCGUAACAAGUUGUGUCCCACCAUUCUACGGCCAUGGUCCGACUUCCUGCACCAACAGAGCAUCGUCUUCGGCACCCUUUACGAUACUUUCCCUGCCGAUAGACGCUGUUUCGAGACCCCGUCGUUUCUUUCCGGGCUAGGAAGUAGGAUCGCGAAGCGCAAGAUCACUGACGAGAAGGCCCUCGAGUACUUUCUGCACAAUAGCGUCGAGGACCCCGUUAGAGCAAUUUUGGACGAGCUCAGAAAGGUAGAAGCAGUCAAGACUGUGUUCGAUCUAGGCAAUGGAAUCGUCUUCGAGAACCACCCGCAUGCGCUCAGCGACGUAGCUCCGGAGGUCGUGGAACGCAACCUCCCAUCGACGCCCCCCUCCACACCGCACGAUCAUAAAGUCGACCUCCAACAGCUACGGGCCGAUCAAAUCUGCGUCUAUCGAACCGAAGACGUCGACGGCGACUCAAGCACCCGAUCGAUGCUUUACGUUUCCGAAUAUAAACCACCGCAUAAACUUACUACACCACAUCUCCGCCUCGGUCUGCGCUCGAUAAAUAUACAUCAGGAAAUAAUUAAUCGUAAAACGAUCCCAACAUCGGUCGACCUAAACGCGCGAUUCCAGUAUUACGCAGAGAGACUCACUAUAACCGCAAUCACACAGACCUAUUACUACAUAAUCAAAAGCGGACUCAAGCACGGCCUAUUAACAACGGGUGAGGCAAUCCGCGAGCCCGGGACGUUAUUAUACUAUCUAGCAGAGCCCUCUGCAGAGGUAGAAGCCCACCCCAAGCACGCCCACCUCUAUACGGCAGUUACUCAAUACUUAGCCUUCAGUCUAAUAGCCCUUAGCAUGCCAAGCGAGAGACGGCUGCAUAGCCAGGAGGAGCGGCAUCGAGCCAUCAACAAGUUAAAGAUGUGGGGGGAGGACUUCGAGACGACGCUGCGAUCAAUCCCUGACGAAGAAAGGCAUCCACCAGACAGCUCGCCAGGCUACGAACCAAAGGCGUACAAGAACGUCGACAGAUCUCCCUAUUUGCUCCGAGGGAAGAGGCGAGGACUUAUGAGGGACGGGCACACACCCACUCCUACGGAACGGCGAGCACGCGGAAAGGACUCUCAAAGCCAGGCGGGUCAAGGCAGUCAGGCGAAGCGACGCAGUAAGCGAGUCCUGGCGCGUCGGCCGCGAGGCGAUGAAGACGGAGGAGAGAGCCACUUCAAACACACGCCAUACUGCACCCAAAAGUGCUUGUUAGGCCUUGUCGGAGGCGGUGUGACCGACUCCGCGUGCCCGAACAAGUUGCUCCACUGCAGGAAGCCUGCCAAUGACCGCGGCCACUGCCUUGGUCGACAACGUGCAAAUGCUCAGCAUCCAAUCGACCGGACUGAAUUUCUAAGGCUUCUCCAAGAACAGCUCGAGCGGUCCUUGGAUUAUGGUAUCGUGUCCUUACGACAGAGCGGUGCUCGUGGAGUCUUGUUCAAAGUGAGCUUGCUUGCGUAUGGCUACACCUUUGUCAGCAAGGGUACACGCGAGGCAGCGUUUUACAAGCGUCUACGAGUUAUUCAGGGCGUAUACGUACCGGUAUUCCUCGGAUCUAUCGACCUUCGAACGAUCAACAGAACUUAUUUCUAUGACCACCGAGUUUAUAUAGUGCACAUGUCAUUUCUGUCGUGGGGAGGACAGGAUCUCUACGAGAUGAAGCGCACGGACUGUGGAGUUGAAGACCUAGAAGCCAUGAAAACGCGGUCAUUGAACGAAAUCCGUGCUCUGGGUGUUGAGCACCAUGACGCGAAGAGGGAAAAUAUGCUAUUCAGUAAGGAGGUCAAGGGCAUCAUGCUGAUCGACUUCGAAAGGGCGCAGUCUGUGAAGCCAGGUCGCCCCCCACUCGCGCAACUUGUGCCGAACAAGCGCAGACGGACGAGGAAGGCUCUAAAGGGCAGCGACUCAGCAUUGGACCACCGAACGAGCGAAAGAUCUCCCAUAUUAUAGUUCCAAAAGCGGAGUGUAAGCCUUGGCUGCCGUCUAAGGAUGCUCCGUGAAAGAGGAUGAGUGAGUGAAUCCAAGCAAGGCUAGAGCUCGCGUCGUCGGACGGAAUAGUAUAGCAGCAGACGCAUAGACUCAUAGAGUUAGCCGCGUGGCUGUCAAGUUUUCCAUUGAGUGCUGUA